CAGCAUUUGUCAGUUUAGUCAUAAGUUUCAUAGUUUGUUUAUUGUUAUUCCGCUUCCUCAAUUAUAUUUCAUAAAAUAAAAUAAAUAUAUCUAUCAAAAUGGAAAGACCGCAAAAGAUGCCCAAAGUGGCAAAGGUGAAAAACAAGGCACCCGCCGAGGUGCAAAUUACCGCGGAACAAUUGCUACGCGAAGCCAAAGAACGUGACCUAGAGAUUCUUCCCCCACCUCCCAAACAAAAGAUAUCAGAUCCAGCUGAACUAGCUGAUUAUCAACAACGCAAACGCAAAGUGUUUGAAGAUAACCUUCGCAAAAAUCGCAUGGUUGUAAGCCAUUGGAUAAAGUAUGCACAAUGGGAAGAAUCACAAAAGGAAAUACAACGAGCCCGUUCAAUAUGGGAACGUGCACUGGAUAAUGAUCACCGAAACAUUACCAUAUGGUUAAAAUAUGCUGAAAUGGAAAUGAAGAAUAAACAAGUUAAUCAUGCGCGCAACUUGUGGGAUCGAGCCGUUACCAUCAUGCCGCGUGUUAACCAGUUUUGGUACAAAUACACAUAUAUGGAGGAAAUGUUGGACAAUGUAGCAGGAGCUCGUCAAGUAUUUGAACGUUGGAUGGAAUGGCAGCCCGAAGAACAAGCCUGGCAAACUUAUGUUAAUUUUGAGCUUCGUUAUAAAGAAAUCGAUCGUGCGCGAGCGAUAUACGAACGUUUUGUGUACGUACAUCCUGAUGUUAAAAAUUGGAUUAAGUUUGCGAGAUUCGAGGAAUCCCAUGGAUUUGUACAUGGCGCGCGUCGUGUUUAUGAGCGCGCAGUUGAAUUCUUUGGGGAUGAUUACAUCGAUGAACGGUUGUUCAUUGCAUUCGCACGUUUUGAAGAAGGCCAAAAAGAGCAUGAAAGAGCGCGCGUAAUUUACAAAUACGCAUUGGAUCAUCUAUCCAAAGAUCGGACGCAGGAACUUUAUAAAGCUUAUACAAUACAUGAGAAAAAAUAUGGUGACAGAGCGGGCAUUGAAGAUGUUAUUGUCUCAAAGCGAAAAUUCCAAUAUGAGCAAGAGGUGGCUGCCAACCCCCAAAAUUACGAUGCCUGGUUUGAUUACUUGCGCUUAAUCGAAGGUGAAGGUGUUGUCGAUGUUAUUCGUGAAACUUAUGAGCGAGCCAUCUCUAACGUACCACCGGCUAACGAGAAAAAUUAUUGGCGACGUUAUAUUUACUUAUGGAUAAAUUAUGCUCUCUAUGAAGAACUCGAAGCCGAAGAUUUGGAACGUACUCGCCAAAUAUAUAAAACUUGUCUUGAGCUAAUUCCGCACAAAAAGUUCACAUUUAGUAAAAUUUGGCUUAUGUAUGCACAGUUUGAAAUUCGGUGUAAAGAAUUACAAAAAGCGCGUAAAAGUUUAGGAAUGGCGAUUGGUAUGUGCCCGCGCGACAAACUGUUUCGGGGAUACAUUGAGCUAGAAAUACAGUUGCGUGAAUUCGAUCGCUGCCGAUUACUCUAUGAAAAGUUCCUCGAGUUUGGCCCGGAGAAUUGCGUUACGUGGAUGAAAUUUGCUGAAUUAGAAAAUCUACUUGGCGACACGGAUCGAGCGCGUGCGAUCUUCGAAUUGGCUGUGCAACAGCUGCGACUAGACAUGCCAGAGCUAUUAUGGAAAGCUUACAUUGACUUCGAGGUAUCACAAGGUGAGACAGAGUUAGCGCGCCAACUUUACGAGCGUCUUUUGGAACGUACACAUCAUGUAAAAGUGUGGAUGUCGUACGCAAAGUUCGAAUUAACACAACAUGAUGAUGAAAUGGCCGACGAUGAUCCCGAAAUGAAUAUAAGGCUUUCGAGACGUGUUUAUGAACGCGCCAAUGAUACCUUGCGAAGCGCUGGCGAUAAAGAGUCGCGAGUUUUGCUGUUAGAGGCAUGGCGCGACUUUGAACGAGAAUCGGGCGAUGCUCACACGCUCAAGAAGGUAAUGGAGAAAAUGCCGCGUCGCGUUAAAAAGAGGCAGAAGAUUGUAUCAGAGAGUGGUGUGGAAGAAGGAUGGGAGGAAGUGUUUGACUACAUUUUCCCUGAAGAUGAAAUGGCACGUCCUAAUUUGAAGCUACUUGCCGCAGCCAAAAUGUGGAAGAAACAAAAAGAAGCGGUAAAUACAGAACCACUGGCAGGUGAACUGGGUGACGUCGUAAAUGAAGAAAAUACUAAGGCUAGCAGUCCGACUUUGAAAAAAACAAUAGAUUAACAUUAAAUGUAGUUUUUACUUCUUUCAGAAUACAAAAUAAAAUUUGUUUGAGUGCUUUUGCAUUAUUUUUAAUAUAAA